AUGAUGAUGAGUAGCAUUGUGAAGAAGCUCUUGUUCUGUGGAGCAAAGGGGUUUCCCUCCAUCUCUGACUCGGACGACUCUCGUGUAGUGCCUGUGCCACAAGCCGGUCAUGUCCGUGUGUACGUUGGAAGAGAUAUUAACAUGAUGUGCAAGUUUGAGAUAGAAGCCAAUUACUUAAACCACCCACUAUUCCGGAGUCUACUCCAGCUCUCCGCAGAACAAGAGUUCGGUUAUUCCUACGAUGGAGCUCUAAGAAUAGCGUGCGACAUCGAUCUCUUCCACUACAUUCUUCAUCUCCUCGAUACCAGCAAUCCCUCUGCCCAUUACAUGGAGCUUUCUGAUCUCAUUUCCAAGUUCUACAGCACUAGUGCUACUGUAACUACACUCGCUAAAACUGCCUGA